AUGCAAUCAUCGAAAGUACGGCGGAAAGUGGGUCCCACAACGGCCGGAGCCGGUAUAGACACGGCGGAGAAGCUUGACGAACUGUUAAUAUCGUCUGCGAUUUGUAACGGCGAGGAUUUGGGACCGUUUGUUCGGAAAACGUUCGGUACGGGGAAACCGGAGACUCUUCUUCACCAUCUCAAGUUUUUCGCGCGAUCCAAGGAAUCGGAGAUCGAGGAGGUGUGUAAGGCUCACUAUCAGGACUUUAUCCACGCCGUGGACGAUCUCAAGUCGCUUCUCUCAGAUGUUGAAUCUCUCAAAUCUGCGCUCUCCGAUUCGAAUUCUAAACUCCAAUCCGUGGCGGCGCCGCUUCUCUCGUCUCUUGAUUCGCUCGUUGAGGCGCAGACUGUGUCGAAGAACGUCGAUCUGGCGAUUGGAGCCGUGACGCACUGUGUUCGUGUUAUGGAGCUUGUCUCCCGAGCUAACCAGCAUCUCCAGAGCGGGAAUUUCUACAUGGCGUUGAAGUGUGUGGACUCGAUUGAGAGCGAUUUCAUGGAGAAAACUCCCUCGUCAACGCUGAAACGGAUGCUGGAGAAGAGGAUUCCGGAAAUUCGAUCUUAUGUGGAGAGGAAAGUGAUGAAAGAGUUCCAGGAUUGGAUGGUCGAGAUCCGUGUGGUGAGUCGAAAUUUGGGUCAGUUAGCAAUCGGCGAAGCUUCUGCAGCUCGUCAGCGAGAGGAAGAGCUCAGGAUCAAGCAGAGACAGGCGGAGGAGCAGAGCAGACUCAGCCUACGCGACUGCGUCUACGCGCUAAACGAAGAAGAAGACGAUGAAUUCGGGUCUGGCCCUGAAAGCAGCGAUGCUGGCAGUUCCGGUGGAGGAUUGCUAGGCUUUGAUUUGACUCCACUGUAUAGAGCUUACCACAUUCAUCAGACACUAUCCCUUGAAGAUGGUUUCAAGCAGUACUAUCUUGAGAAUAGGAAACUCCAGCUUAGGAAUGACUCACAGGUAUCUUCUAUGACUCCGUUUCUCGAGUCUCAUCAGACGUUUUUCGCACAGAUUGCUGGGUUUUUCAUAGUAGAGGAUAGAGUUCUGAGGACUGGAGGAAGCUUGAUCUCGAAGCUUGAAGUUGAGUUUUUGUGGGAUGUUGCUGUUACUAAUAUGUGUGCUGUGUUGGAGGAUCAGUUCUCUAGGAUGCAGACGGCUAAUCAUCUCUUGUUGAUUAAGGAUUAUGUGAGCUUGUUAGGGGUGAGUCUACGUAGGUAUGGAUACACCGUUGAUUCUCUUCUCGAAGUACUGAGCAAGCACAGGGACAAGUAUCACGAGCUGCUGUUAUCUGAUUGCCGUAAACAGAUCACAGAAGCUUUAUCAGCAGAUAAGUUUGAGCAGAUGCUGAUGAAGAAAGAGUAUGAGUACUCUAUGAAUGUGCUCUCUUUCCAGCUACAAACGUCAGAUAUUGUACCGGCGUUCCCUUACAUUGCUCCGUUUUCAACCACUGUGCCAGAUUGCUGCCGGAUUGUGCGGUCUUUCAUUGAGGAUUCGGUUAGUUUCAUGUCUCACGGAGGCCAGCUUGAUUUCUAUGAUGUUGUGAAGAAGUAUCUGGAUCGGCUUCUAGGCGAGGUUCUCGACGAGGCUCUGUUGAAGCUGAUUAACACGUCGGUUCAUGGAGUUUCUCAGGCGAUGCAGGUCGCAGCAAACAUGGCGGUGUUUGAGCGUGCUUGCGAUUUCUUCUUCCGUCACGCUGCUCAGCUUUCAGGAGUUCCCAUGAGGAUGGCGGAGAGAGGUAGGAGACACUUCCCGUUGACCAAAGCCCAAAACGCUGCAGAAGACACACUCUCGGGAUUGCUUAAGAAGAAGAUAGACGGGUUCAUGACAUUGAUCGAGAAUGUUAACUGGACAAGCGAAGAUAUUCCACAAGGCGGGAACGAGUACAUGAACGAAGUAUUGAUCUACUUAGAGACUUUGGUUUCCACAGCGCAACAGAUAUUACCGGCCAAAGUCCUGAAAAGGGUUUUGCGCGAUGUCCUUGCUCACAUCUCUGAGAAAAUCGUCGGAACGUUAUGCGGAGAUCUAGUGAAAAGAUUGAGCAUGGCUGCAAUAAAAGGAGUUGAUGUGGAUAUUCAGUUGCUGGACUCUUUUACAGAGCAACUAACUCCAUUGCUCACGGAUAAAGAAGCGAAAGAGAUGAAAACAGCAUUCGUCGAGAUAAGACAGAUGGUUAAUUUGCUUCUGAGUAGUCACCCUGAGAAUUUCGUGAACCCUGUGAUCAGAGAAAGAAGCUACAAUGCUUUGGAUUACAGGAAAGUUGCGACGGUCUCUGAGAAAUUCAGAGAUCCAUCUGAUAGUAUUUUCGGGACUUUUGGAACAAGAGGGUCGAGGCAAAACCCCAAGAACAAAUCGUUAGACGCGUUAAUAAAGAGAUUGAAGGAUGUGAGCUGA